AUGCAGAACUUGUGGCCACCGCAGUCACACAUCUCCCAGGUCCUUCGCCUAGCGAUUGCCAAGUUCUCCCAUACCACCACCGCCAUUGACCACAUUGGACCCCUUACAUGGAAUCAUGUCAGUGGCAAUGAGGACCUAGUUUGCAUCUUUGAGAAGAUCCACAAUGGUGAUUCUGUGCCGAUAAGAUUAAUCCAGCGAGUGAUUCGAGGCAAUGUCAUUCUGGAGGAAGUCAAUCUCACGAAUCUUGUUCAAAUGGCUGCAUUGAGAGCUAAAUCAGACAUGAAUGGCUCAUUGCCCAAGUUUCCUUUUGCCGCUGUUGUCAAGCUACCUUGUCUUGCGAUCAAGUAUCCUGACGGCGGAAACCAUAUUCGUCGGUUCCAGAUCAAGUUCACGACGGAAGGCGACUACAACACAGCUCUAGCCAUCUUGGGCGAAAUCGGAUGCUUACUGACCGAAGGCAAUACACCUGUUCCGCGACCAACCCCCUCGGUAUCAUCGUGGACAUCUGGUCACCUUUCACAUGCACCAACUAUCAUGAACCCAUCAACUUCAAUUCGCAGCAUUGGUGCACCUUUUCAUCAUAUCGGUACAUAUGGAUCUGAAAGAACCACACCUCUCCGGGCAUCAUCCCCUGCGAGCACGGUGUCCUACGCUCCCUGUAGAUUCGGUCCUCGUCAACCCACGUUCAAUCGUCCAACUCAGAACAUUGAACCACCAGUCAUGGCUCCCUUCCAAUCUACUCAUAUUCCCCAUGCACAAUACCAAGAACCGGAACCAUCCAGCUCUCAGUUGUCUAUAGUCUCAGCAAUUCACAACCUGGACCAGCUAAACCAGAUGCUGCCUCCAAAGCGAGAUCUACCAUUCCAAAAGCCACCGACAAAGAAACCACGCUCUGCCAGCGUGACUCGAGCCACAGAGAACAAACCUCAGCCUGCAGACUUAGCCAAGUCACAAGAGCAAUUUCGCCAUUCACUCCAUGCAGUUAUGCAAUCUGAGCCAUCAGCUCUAGAUACCGGCUUGCCAGAAUCCCAGAUUCAACCUCCCUCCCAGCAAGCCCCAUACUCAGAAGCGAGCCAGACAUCACUCGCCGAUGAGGAUUUCGUAUCCCAAGAUAUUCCUAGCACCAGGGCAAUCAAACACUCGGCUCAGAAACGCAGUAUCCAGAUUGCAUCACAGGCAGAUACAAACAACGUAGUCAACGACACUGAUGGUACGCAGGACCAGCCCUUUCCUAUACUUCCACAUCCAAGCCCACAUGUAUCAGCACCGGCGCACACAGUCCCCGUGAUGACAGAAGACCAUCUGGCACAAUACCUAGCUGCGCCCACACCAGAGCGCGUUGCCUUUCUCGAAAACUGGAUGUGUGGACUGAUCGAAGACGACAGGUUCAUGACUCUUUGUCAGGAUGUGGAGGGGACGUGGAGGCGGUUUGCGUUUGGGAAGAAGCCAUGA